AUGACGACACCUAUAACAAUUACACCAAAACCUACUACAAUACCAAUUACGUCCACAUCAUCAACACCAAUAACUGAAACUACUUCAGAAUUUAAAUCUUCCACUAGAAAAUAUCAUAAAACAGGAAAUAACCCUAUACAAGAAACACGUUCAUAUGUACCUACAAUAUUACCAAAGAAUGCUACUAUUCCUUCUACCACCACUACAUCGACUACAAAUGCAAAUUUAACUCCAAUCUAUCCAUUAACAACACAGUCUACUACUCAAAUAACAACAACGUCAUCAUCAACACCAACUACUACUAUGGCACAACCACCAUCUUUAAUCGGUUCGGCCGUUACAAAUCCUCCUUCUUCUCGUGAUCCAAGAUCAUCAUAUCAAGAAUUGGCGAAUUCAAAAACUGCCGAAGAAGUUUCUCAUCACAAUCAUCUUGUGCAAAGAUUCGAUUCAGCCAUAAAGAAAGAUCAAAUAUCUGUUUUUCAACCUGAUUACAGAACACAUUUUCGUUCAUAUCAGGAUGCAGUAUCAAGACUUUUACCUUAUCACAUUUUUGAUUAUCCACAAGAGGAUAUGAAAGCUAAUGAUCAAAUAAACGACUUAGAUGCAACAAAGGUUGCAAUAAAACAUUAUAAAAGAAAAAAAGCAAUUAUGGAUAAAUUUGAUGAACUUAUUAAAAAAGAGGCAAAGUUACCGUAUUCAAUUCACACAAAUCUUUGCGAGAAACUAAUUUAUGAAAAUGAAAAGGCAAAAACUGCAACACUUCGAGAAGAAUGUUUUCAACUUGCUGAACUUUUAAAGAAAACUCCAAGAUGA